CGGAUGUAGACGGCGAUACCUUCGCAAAUUAAACACGAAAGGGACCUGUCGGAAUUGAGAAUAAAUUCUGCUAUUGAAAACGGCUUUUAAGGAGCUGGAUCGGGAUGUCGGGGAAAGUCAGACACAGAACGUCGGCGAAUGCGGCGGACUCCGCGACUCAAUCGGUGAACGAAAAGAUCUUAAAAGAAUGUCAUUCUCUCUACAUCGAUCCCGAAAACGGCCUGGUGAAGAUCGCAGAGAGUCUUGGCAUCAGUCUGCUGGCCCCGAGGAAGAAGAUCACUGUGCUGAUGAUAGGGAACCACUCCGCAGGCAAAAGUUCCUUCAUUAAUUGGUAUGUUGAGGAGCAUGUCCAGAGAACAGGUGUUGCCAUAGAGACACAAGGUUUCACAUUCGUCACAAGUGGCCGCAAGCGAGAAUCAUUGACGGGAAAUGCCACGUUACACUUGUAUCCUCAUUUUGAACCGCUACGACAGAUUGAAGGUGUCACUGAUUACUUGACAACGGAGAUUUCUACAUCCAAGCAGAAGAGGUUUAGUCUGGUAACAUUCGUAGACACGCCUGGCUUGGUGGAUGGAGAUAUGAAGUAUCCUUUUGAUGUGAACCAGUCCAUUCUAUGGCUAGGAGAUUUGGCAGAUCUGAUCUUUGUCUUCUUUGAUCCUAUUGGGCAAGCUUUAUGCAAGCGAACUUUGAACUUGGUGGAAGAAUUAAGUCACAAACAUGCUGACAGAAUGAGGUUUUACCUUAGUAAGGCAGACGAGGCAGGACAUGAGAGUGACAGACAGAGAGUGAUGAUGCAGAUUGUCCAAGAACUGUGUAAGCGACCUGGAUUAAACAGAACAGGAUUUGACAUGCCAACAAUCUAUGUACCGAACAUGAACUCAAAGGGGAGUCGCUGUGCUAACCAGAUAGAGGAGGUGUGCAAAGACAUAGAGAAGACCAUUAAUCAGACAAUUCAGAAUACCCUCAACAGUCUGGAGCGCGACUGUCAUCAAAUCGCCGACAUGGUCACCACUAAACUUCAGGAGGACAGCGUCAAAGCAUCGGACAACUUAAGAGCACGGUUCCGGGGAGCUGCGUGUGGUUUCUGCGGACUAAUCUUACCCAUGUUGCUGUUGACCACCUUCCUGUUUAGUACCAGACGAGACUUUGUCAAGAAGAUGCUCGGCAGUAAUCUCUACGUUACCAUUUAUGGAUACUUGGGUAUACUGGUGUCAGUGUGGGAAGGUAUACCUAAGGAGUACACGUCCUACGUCCUGUUUGGUAUCCUAGGUGUCGCCCUCUUAAUGCUGCUCAUUGCUAAAUUUGCCUCCCGCACGAAAACUACAUUAUCUCGGAAACAGAAAAGAUCUCUCGGGGAAAUAAAGGAUCAUGUCCUCACUACAGUCAAGGCAAAGAAACAAAACCUAUAUUCUGAAUACCUUAAGCAAAGUGUGGCAGACCACGACCUUUGAUGACCCAAAAAUUACCUUUCACCUUCAUAAUUAUCAUCCGUCAUGACUCUUCCAUCCUGAUCCAGUCCCAAUGAUGCACGGACAAUUUUGGAGGAAGACACAUCAUUCACUUUCAUUGGGACCAAAUUCUCAUAUUUCAUCUAAAAGAAAAUCUAAAUAUUUAUUUUGCUUAAGUUAGGAUAAUUAAACAAUUAACUGUUUGAUAUAUUUUGAGAUGCAAAGUGCUAGAGUUCAUCAACAUUUUUUUACCUCAAACCAAUUUUCUUUUUGUGUGUUAAAUUAUUUUGCUAGUCAUGUGUGAUGUUGUGCCAUCUGUAAAAUUGUGAAAUUGACAACACAAAUAAUAGUAAGGAAAAAAUCAACUGGUGCCAUCUGUGAAAUUGACAACACAAAUAAUAGUAAGGAAAAAAUCAACUGGUGCCAUCUGUGAAAUUGACAACACAAAUAAUAGUAAGGAAAAAAUCAAGUGGUAUUUUAGAUUCUGCUGAGGUUAUAUUAUGAUGGUUUUAGAUAAAAGACGUUUUUCAAAUCUUGUUGUCCUCCCAAAAAAAUCAUGAGAAUCCAGUCAUAGCAAGAUAAUACUAAUAAAUAAAAUAAAAGCUGGAAAACAUUGAAUUUUGAAUAAAUAUCUUAACACAAAAUGUACAGAAUGAUAUUUAUAUUUUUGUGUUGAUUUGAAAAUAAAACACAAUAAUUGUAAUAUUUUGGGGUGAACUAUGAAAGACAAACUUAAAGAUAAGUAUUUUAUUUUCUUUUUUUGUUUUUUGUUUUUUUUGUGAUUUGAAAAUUAAAAAAAUAAAUUGUAUUAACUAUGCUGUAAACCAUGAAUGGCACACUUAUAAUUGAAUCUCAUGUAGAAGUUGAUGCAUGCAUUCAAAUCUAGAGAUUUUAGCUUUAAUCAUCAUCAGAUAUUUUGGUGGUAGUAUUGUAGAGUAGGAGGUGUGGGAUAUUUACAUAUUGAACCCAAAUAUUCUGUUCAUCACAAGGAUCAGUGACUUUUUUACGCAGAAUGAAAAAUGAAGAUUAAUAACUUUUAUCAAAUGGUUUCAUGUCUAAUAGAGCAAUUUCCAGAUUCUUUGUUUUUCUGACAGGCAAAAAUUCAUCUGAAUCAAACAACGCAUAGUAGCAUCUUGAUAUUUGAUGAUAAAAAUGUUCUGAAUGCAAAAAAAAAAAUCGAAGAAUGUUAGGAUUUGGUGGAGAAAUCCAGUUUGCUAGGGUUAAGUUUUAUGCUAUUAUGGCUACACAACUUUUUUUCAUCCCAUAAAUACAUUUUUGUGUGAGAACUGAAUAUUGGUAGAUAAUGGUGUACUAUGCUGAAGAAUGUAUUAAAAUAUUUGGAGCAUGUGCAAUAUUGUAAAAAUCAUCUUUCACAUUUCAUAUUCAUUCAUAUAAAUCAUAAGUAUUCAUUAAAAGUUCGUUGAUAUUUUCAAACUUUUAUUUGUUGGUUCCUGUUGAUAUCUUGUUUGAAAUUAUUUGCCUUUAAUCUAUACAACGUUGCAUCCAAAUAUAUAUUUUUUUAAUCUAUACAGAACUAUUUUGAGAAAAUGUAGGAUACAAUAUGUCUCAAAAGUGAAGAUUGUUGGAGAGAACUCAUGCUUUAUUACAGACUUCGUUGUGAAAAAAUUGAAUAUGCAGUAUAAGGUUCAAAAAUUCAAAAGAUCCUGACUACCUAGUAAUAAAGAGAAACAAUGCAUAAAAAUUAGUUGUUAAAACAAUUAGCUUUCCUAAGUGGAUACUUGCGACAAAUUGAUUUAGUUUUGCGACAAAUUAAUUUAGUUUUUGUUUAAAAAAAAGCCUUAUGAGCGGACUCGUGAUUUGCUUAUAGUAUUGAAAUUUAUUGAGAAUGUAUACAAUCAGAUAUGACAUGGAGACUUAAGGAUAUAUAUUACCUUAAUACUGUGACAUGGAGACUUAAGGAUAUAUGCUACCAUUUUUGUGACAAUGACUUAAGGAUAUAUGCUACCUUACAUUAAUUUGUCCAGAAGAGUUUGAUAUCAACAAUCAAUAGAUGUUUUCAUUUGUUUAUUGUAAAUCCAUAACUAACACAAGAAUGCAGACAUUUAUAUCAAGGCUGUUAUCCGGACCAAUACUACAGUGAAUCCUGAUUUUAAUGAUAUCCUGUAAAUAUUUUAACAUCCAUAUCCACCAGAGCAAUUACCUGCCUCACUGAUACUGCUGACACUGACUUUAAGUGACGCGCUCAUAUUCAACACAUUUACGUGGUUCCAUGUCAUACAGUGUCAAUACUUAUUUUGAUGCAGUCAAGAUUAAGCUGAUUACCAAAGGUAUUUUGAUGCAAGUUUAAGCUCAUUACUAGAAUUUAACGAAGUAGUGUAACAAAGAAUUGGCAUACCAAGGAUACUUUCCAUAGAAAACAAUAAAGAAACUAAAAUUAACUGUCAUAAUUUAGGUUCAGGUUUUAUGUACCAUAAUUGCUGAAAUGGAUGACUGCUUAAAUAUGUAUGAAUUAAUGCUAAGAUAUGUAUGAACUAAUGCUUAAACAUGUAUGAGUUAAGACUAAAAUAUGUAUGAAUUACAGUUAUUCGUUUUAGGCGGUGAAAGGUCAUUUUAUGUUGGGUAGCAUUAUCCUUGAGUCACAAAUUUUAUUCAAUUUAUGCAUGACAAAUGAGUGAGAUGUAUAUGAGGAUUAUGUUUAAUCUUACAAGAAGAUAUAUAUUUUAUUAAUACAUUUUACUACAAGGCAGCUUCUGAGAAUACCAUAAUCGUGUUCAUGGAUGAUAUUAAUUUGAUAUGUCGCCAAUAGUAUUUGUGCAAAAGUUAUAAUUUUGAACAUACUAGAAAUGGCCUAUGCAUGUCUUCUAAUGCGUGAUAUUGAAAUGAAAUUAGGAGAGAGAAAAAGAUUUAAGUAAUCAGACCAUUACCUGUAUGUGACAAUCAAGUUGAAUUUUAAUUGAUCAAUGAGUUGUGGCAUACUAUAAUUUAAAUAUCUAUUGUUAUCGGCCUUAACAUGUAAAGGGAGAUAAUUCACUUUUUUGUUUCAUUGUAAAAAAUGUAUCCAUCAGCCCUGUCGUGGAUUCUAUCUUUCUGAACUUUUUGAUUUAAAUGAAUCAAGCAGGAUUGUACAUUUUGAGUAAAAUCAGGGCGAGAAAAACCCAGGUGCGAUGGCCAGGGGGGGCCAGUAGGUUUGGUCUGUGGGUAAGUAAAUAUUACUGACUACUUAACCGAUUGGCAAGUGCAAAAUUUCACAAUUUUUUUUAUCUUUCCCCUAGAGUAAUUGAAAAUACUACUAAUUCAGUUUAAUUGGACCACUAUGUUUCACCUUUGGGCAAGUACUUUUGAAUUCUAACUUACCUGAAGGACCAGUGAUGCUGAGAUUUUUCUUCCUGCCCUGAAAAUACUUCAUAUUCUGAAAAAGUUUUUUGAAAUUGGAUAAUAAAAAAGAAUAUAGUAGCUUCAUUCCAGAGAUGGCAACUGAUAAAUACAUAAUGAAACAAAAACAAAAUUGGGGGAAACGGACAAAUAGGGUAUUCCAUGACCAGUAGAUCUAAGUGUUGAGAGGUUCCUCACAGGAGCCUUGAUCAUAAUAUGGUCAACAGGAAGCGUGUUUGGCGGUACUUUAGUUUGUACGGGAAGUGUGUAUGAAAGUAGUUUGUGUAGUCAAAUGUACAGUGUUCACUCUAAAGGCAGCUUGAUAUAAACCAGCAUCGAAAUUAAAUGAAAUGCAACUGAA